GAGGGAGGAAGAAAGAAGGGGCUCACAGAGGGUGCACUGUGAGAGGAGAGAAAACGCGAACAUCCAGCGUAGGUAGAUCUACAGACAGAGUGGGGCUACAAGUCAGGAACCAGGCAGGGAGUGAAGAAGGUCCACACACAGGAGGAGAAAAGCACAAGGCUGUUGUGACCAUCUGGGCAUCAAGAGCCAGAAGCCACGACCAGAGCAGGUGAACCCGAGGAGGUGCUGUGAGGAGCCGAACCAAGUGAUGGAGCUUGAAGCAGCCAGCAGGCGGGCACAGUUAGUCAGGAUGGAGGACCAGGACAGAGUAAGCCAAGCAUCCAGUGUGGCUACCAUUUCCUAUUUCCCUGUCAGAAAGGAGAGUGAUGGCAAGGUGCAUACAUUUGGGAAAAGAUGCCAGGCUGCCAAGAGAGAUCCCAACUGUCCUGUGGUCAUCAGGGGAUGGCUAAAUAAAAAAGAUAGCUCUGGUUUGAAGUUAUGGAAGAGAAGGUGGUUUGUUCUCUCCAACUACUGUCUCUUUUACUAUAAAGACAGCAGAGAAGAAUCUGUGCUGGGCAGCAUCCCGCUCCCGAGCUACAAAAUCCUCUUCUGCACACCGCGAGAAUGCAAGAACAGAAAGUUCACCUUCAAGGUGGUGCACCAGGGGAUGCGUUCGUAUUUCUUCAGCGCUGACACACAGGAGGAUAUGUUGGGAUGGGUCCGUGCCCUCAGUCAGUCUGCAGCCAUGGAACCCAGCAGCUCCAUGAACAGGCGUUGCUCGAGUUACCAGGACUUCACACAGAUAGGUGGCAGCAGUGAAUCAGUGGAGUUCCCCAGAUCAACCUGCGAUGGAGAAGACCCCGCCCACCAACCCAGACAGGUCACCAGGACCCUAAGUGAACCGAGCCACCUGACAGGUGGGAGGAAGGCAUCACCCCACUUGGAGCACAGGGGGAGGCCGGGUGUUCGUCAGAGAAACAGCAGCCCUUCACCGCGCCCGCCGAGCACUCCCGAUUUCAGCAGCAGAAGAGCUCGUGGUCCAAACCCGGAUGGAGAUUCUCCUCCCUACACAGCUGACAGUAUGUCACCCAGACAGACUGAAAUAAGAGGUCAGCUGUGGUCACGACCUCAUACGCCAGUGGGACGAGUAGAUAUUCGACCCCAGAAUGACCUGCACUCUGCACCUGCUUCACCUAAGCUGGAGUUCAAAUCCCCUCCGAAUACUCUAAUCACAGAGAGGUGGCAAAACCCGAGCAAGCCUACUCCUACAUAUGGUUCUGUUCAUUACAUUCCAAGUGGGAGAAGACCAGUGGGAAAGAGCUUCUCCACGGGGGCGCAUGCAGAUCUCCUGCCUCCUUUGCCCCCUUCAUCAAGAGCCGUACAUGCACCCCACCCCUCACACCUCCACCACCACCAUCAUCUCCGCAGCCAUUUAUCUGUUUGUUUGCUACCACAAGCUAUGCCCUCAAAGUCUGACCUUAAGGAAAUCCCACCAAUCAGGCCCCUUGAAAGUGAUGCGGAUGCUGUGCUGACGCGGUUGUGUGGGUGUGACAAACUGCUGCAGUCUCUGUCUGUGGAACUGGCCCAGCUACAAAUGGACAAGGACAGCGUCCAGUGUGCCUUAGAAGUAUCCAGAGUACAACUAGAGGAGUGGAAGAGCCAAGGACCCCGGGCCCAGGAAGAAACACUGUCCCAGAAGGCUUUGCUUCAGGAAGAACUCGUCACAAUCCGGGCUAGAAUGUGUGACGUCUCGUUGGAAAUGGAAAGAGUGUGGAGUCAGUAUGAGAGAAUGGAAAGUGAACUGUCUGUGAUCCAUUCACACCUUCAGCACAUCUGUAACUUUGGAAUGCCACAGGAACAGUCUCAGGCCCAGAGAGAGCUGUGGAUGAUGGAAGACAUCCUGGCUGGACUAAAGGUCAACAGGGAUCACUUCCGACUCUUGCUGGGGCUACAAAGACUCCACAUGUCCGCUGCAGUGAUGACCACACAUCCUGGAGCCACUGAUUCUCCAACAGAGAGGCUGCAGACUGGAUUCCAAAAAGAUGAAAAACAAGAGCCACCAGCCCGCCCACCCUUACCCCAGGAGAUCCGGGAAUACAACCAGGACCAGGAUGUGGAUCAUGGCUGGAUGGACUCCCCAUAUGAGGGAAUCUACAGCCGUUUUGUUGAUCCAGUUCAGAGACGAGGAAAAAUUCAUCCUGACCUCCUUAAAGCUCCAUAUGAUGCUCGUGAGCUUCCGCCAAGCUCAAAGUGGAGCAUGCACGAUACACCGUCCCAAUCAACCAAGAAGAUGAAGAUGAGUGAAGAGGAGCAGAUUGAGAGAAUGAAGAGGAAUCAGGAGAGACUGAGUAAUAGAAAGAAGCCCCCCGUGCCCACUCCAGGUGCACAAAUCCAGCAGAGUCACACCCGAGAGGCGCCGGAGGAGGCUCCCUUUCCUUUAAGGGUGACACGCGUCGUUACAGCUGUGCUGCCGUCUUCUCUCGUGGCCAGACGGGUUUCUGUUGAGGAUCCCCCAGCCGAGAUUGACACGCCACUGCUUGAGCAGAUCCCACCCAAGUUCCAAUUGAAACCGGCCGAUCAGAGGAGAAAAAUGUUGAACAAGCCGCCCAGGCAGCUGCUGUCAGAUGGCGCUGAUCAAAAGCUGCCCUCAGCAGAGACGCAGCCCAUCAAAAAGGCAAGCAGACAGCAGCAUCAUAGAGUGCGCAGGUCGGACGCAAGCAGAGUCGAGCAAAUCCGAACGCGGGACCGGCCAGGUGCAACAGGCCAUGGAAACAUAACCUCAGACGUCAGGAAACAAGCAGUGGAUGGCUCUUCUGCCCUUUUGACCCCUGAUGUGGCCCCUGACCUGCAGGUGACCCCUGAGCAGAGGGAGGCUAAGCUCAGACGAGUGGAUCGUAUCAGAGAGAGAGUGACACGAAGUGCAAUCAGAGAGAGUGGGCAAGCACUUCAUCAACUACCGGUAAUGAAGGAGGGUCUAGAAGAUUACCAUUGGCCUCCAACACUGAUCAAUGACAAAACAAGAAAGCAAAGGACAACAUCAGAUUCCAAAACUCAGGAUGGCUGUAGAACCUGUGGUGAUACCACUAGAAACCAACGAUUUUAUGAACCUGUAGAACUUCAGCUUUCUCUGGAUGAAGAUGAAGGAGACUGUUGUCAUUUGGGGAAUGAAACACAAGACAAAGAUCCCAGUGGCAAACCGGAGAUUGCCAAAACUAGAACAAAACUUCCAGCUUCACAGAAUCAUAUCUCAUCUCUGACUGUGUUCCAAAAAGAUGGAGGUAAGGGAUUUUGGAAUUAUAGAGACAGAGAUGAAGAAGUGCUUGAAGAGCCUCCUGGUGAAGAUAGAAAUUUUUCAUCCAAUGACAUGAGAACCAAGUGGUUCCUCUCCACCAGUCGUUGCCAAGGAUUAAUCCCAUUGCAGAUACAUGACACAGACUUGAUGGACAAUGAGGACACAUCAGACUUCACAGACCAGCCUAUAUGCACUGAUGAAAUGAUGGAUUCUGGUGAAAUGUCAUCCACAGUCAGUCAAAGCUUGGAGAAAAUGAAAGAGAACUAUUCACUCUUCUAUAAGAUCGCCUGUGACAUCAGUAUUUCAGACACAGACAUAACGAGGAAUGAUGGGAAUUUAAAUGCCCAACCAACAUCUGGUCCAGAAGAAGAAGCAGAACUGGUGAUCAGAGAAUCCAUACCAGCUGAACCAACAUAUCAUCCUGAGAGAAUGUCUGAGCAAGAGAUCGGGCAAUCGGACAUGGAUGAAAACAGAGUUGUGAUUAAUACACAGGACGAAGAAGAAACCAUCGCGGCCAAAGCAGUGCCAAGCAUCUCAGGUGAAGACGCUGAGGACGAAGAAUUUGGGGACAACUUAAAGCAUGAGAUCCAGGCUAAUCAAGGAGCUUCUGAGUCUGACAGCUGUGCACAGAAAAGUGAAGAUCACACCCAGACGCAAGAGGAGGAAGACACAAAGGUAGACGAAGAGACAUCGGCAGAGCUGAAGAAACCGAGGAGUUUAUGUGAAGACAGGGAAGAAUCAGUGCAAGAACAAGGCAGCAACUUCAUCACUACCAGCUCGGUGUAUGCAGGUGGACGCGUGAUCCGGGGCACCUCCCUCGGAAAGACAAGAGUAACUGUAUUGAGGACAAGUUUGUAGAAAGAAGAAAAAUGAACAAACUGGAGAAGGACAAGAACACAACUGAAUGCUUUACAUUGUUUAAAUAGAAAAGACUAUGGAGGAAAGCUUGAAUGAAUUUUGACUCACCUUUAAAUUAGAAAUGAUUAAGAACUCCACUCAUAAGUAUAUCGACUGAACAGUUCCACUAUUUAUAACGUGGUGUGUUUUUAAAGCAGAUGAACAACAGAACUUAAUUCCAUUAUUACAGCUGAGUGUGUAUCGUGUUCACACUCAUAUAUUAUUCAGGUUUAAACUUCAUUCCAGUUCGUAUAAUAUGACCCUCUGAAGUAAACUACACAUAUUAUAAGACACUUACGAUCAGAAUCUACAACUGCUA